GCCGUAGGAGCAACAAGGGAAACUUUACUGGAGUCGAAAACGCUCUUAUUUCUUCCUUACUGGUUAAAAAUUGGUCAGUAUCAGUACAGUGAAGGAAAUGUCUCUAAUUUAAAUUUGAUUUGCCACGGUGUGCCGAGUUAAUGAUACGCUAAAGACCAAAAGAACGCGAUUCGCGUCUAUUGCGAUCUCGUCACCUCUGAAAGCGUUCAGCAGUAAAUUAAGUUUACAGUAUGUAAUUGUGGAGAGGAAAUCUUGAAAGAUGAGUCGGAGGUCGAGUGUGAGCAGUAGUGUCAGCACCAGUGCUAGAUCUGGCGUUGAAGAUGAUCCUUUGAUGCGAGAUUGCUAUGAUUUGAGACGAAGAUUGCUCCAGACCGAACAGUCACUGCAAAGUUUGAAUCCACCACAUGCGACAAACGGCAAAUCACGACAACCUCCUCAGAAGCAAAUUUCUUAUGAAACAAGAGCUGAAACAAAAGAUCGAAACUUUCGUGCCAAUGCUGAAGAGCUUGGUCUAAAUGGUCAGAGAAGAAGCUUUUCAUCCUCACCAGAGAGUGCUGUGGGUCAAGUGUUGACCUUAGCUGACCUUACCCCAGCUGGCUCUGAGCCAAAUCUUUUGUCCAAGGGCCGCAGAGGGACUCCAUUGAUAACUAACUCCCAGCCCUUGAGGUCAUCAUACACAGACCUCAGAAAUGUAUCAACUCACUUGUCACCAAGAGACCAAGAGCUUGAUAGCCGGUCAUUUGGUAGUGCAAGUGACUAUGACCAUGAUACCAUGAUUAAAAAACUUUCUAAACAGCGCGAGGAAAACUCCCAACUUGUCAACCAGAACCACAAGAUUAUGACAGAACUUGAAAAUCUCAGCUAUGACCUACAUCAGGCAAGAAACAAGGUAAAGAUUCUAAGCCAAGAGUUAGACAUUGAAAGGAAAAGAUUCCCUCCUAUGGAAGACAGGAUUGUGAGUUUAGAGUCGGACCUGGCUUCACAGGAGGAUGCUGUGAGAUUUGCAGAACAAACCAUGCAAGAAUGCAGGGAAGAGCUUCAGUCAAAGACAGAAGAACUUAGAAGUGUUCUUGAAUCAGCAACUGCAGCUGAAAAUGAACUCAGAGAAGAAGCAAAAUUAAGGAAGAGAUUGGAGGAUCAGCUUGAAGAAGCUUUAAGAAAUGUUGAAGAGCUUUCAGACAAACUCACAGAACAGGAUACCACGAUAAAAUCAUUAAGAAAACAGCAUUCAGACCGUGAGAGACACUGGAAAGACGUUAGUUCCCAAUCCCAGCGAGAAAGAGAUGAUCUGCUGGAUAGAGAAGCCACUUUACAAGCGCAAAUAACAGACCUACAGGAAGAAAUAAGACUUCUCCAAGCCGAAGGGACAGCUAAGGAAGACAGUCAGACGUCUAUGCAACACGAGAAUACCAGUUUGCGAGCCACUAUCUCGCGUCAGAGCCAAAAAAUUGGUAGAAUUGAAAACGAACUUAGAAAAAACGAGCUUUUGUUGAAAGACCAAGGAGAACUACACAACACAGUGGAGAAACAAAAGGAGAAAAUCAUCCAGUACCAGCGAGAGAUCGAAGAAACAAAACUUCACAUGGCUCGAUUAGAAGGAUUAGUUCAUCAGGUUCAGGAACAGAGCAUGAAAGAGCAUGUGACUGCCACGCCCUCUACCAGUGACAGUGGCAUUUGUAGCAGUACCCAGACAAUGAACGGUUACCAUAGCAUCAGUCCUCGCAACAUGGGUAGUUACAUACAAGAUGACGUAGACAACGAACGCGAUCACGUGACGGGCAGCGGGGGAACAGCGAGAGCGGUGAUAGCCGAUCUGAAACUGAAACUGGCAAUGAAAGAAGCUGAGAUACAAAAACUACAGGCUACUGCUGUAGCACGGGCGGCCGCUCAGCAGAAGCACAUAGCGGGUUUAGCUGGUGAUGGUGGUGUUAUGGAUGGUUUGAGAACCGAGUUGUCGGCCAUUGUGGAACGGAGUCGUAUUGGUGAUCGUAAGCAACAGGAACUUGAACAGAUCAUCUCGCGCUUAGAGGAUGAAGUGGCGCGGUACUCGGCUCAAGCCAUUCAACUGGAAGAGCGACUGGCGGACAAAAUGGCGCAGAUUGCGUCUCUGGAGAGCAAGCUCGGUCAGAGAAAUCUUAAAGUGGUUGAUUUACAAAACGAACUGGAAGCAAAGAUUUCAGAUAUUGGAAUUCUACAGCGAGAGGUUCGACAAGCUACGUCACGCUUUAGCACCGUCGAGAGACAGCUAACUGACAGGACAUCUGAAUCGAGCUUACAUGAAGCUAAAUUAAAGGAGAUUCAAGAGGAGCUGGAAUCUAAGACUCGGCGUAUCGGGGAACUGGAAGGAUCCCUGGAAGCAAAGGACAUCGAACUGAAGGAAUCUGCUGCACUCGUAGACAGAGUGAAAGCGUUACACGGCGAACAGUGUCACGAACUGCAAAGGCAGAUAGAGGAGUUGCAGAGAUCAUUUGAGGAGAAAAAUGCUGUCUUAGCUCAUCUUGAGACUUCCUUGGCAGCCUCCCGCCAAGAACUGACUCUAAAAAAGUCACUCGGCGAUCAAAUGGAGCGAGCUCUACAGGAACAGAAGAAAGAGAUCGAAGUACGGGACACUCAGUCUGUCCAGCACAGUCAGAAACUGGAAAAACUGGAAGAACAGGCUGAUAAGGCCACACAGCAGGUCAGAAAGAUGGAAGUGUCGUUGGCAGAAUGUCACAAGGAAAUCGAGAUGUACGUGGAGCAGUUAAAAGAAGCUCGCAGUGCACAUGAACAGGAGUUGGAAGAGAAGGGACUAGAGAUAUCCAAGCUGGAAAAAGCAUUGCAGCAGACGCUGUCAGACGUCCAUCAAAAAAACGAACAGAAUGUUCAGCUAGAAAGUAUGGUUGCCGAUCAGCAAAACGCGCUACAAAGAGAUCAAGAGAGAAUACGUGAUUUGGAGGAAUCGCGCUCUCACCUGCAACAACAAGUCGCCAUCUUAGAAGAAGAAGUUGCUCGGGAACGAAACACAUCGCAAUUGGAAUCGAGCGACUUACAUCAGAAACUCCAAGGAGCCAAAGAAGAUAUUGACGAAAGAACUCGGCAAAUUAACGAACUUAACUCGACUCUGAGAGAAGUUCAUAAAGACAUGAAACACAGCUCAGCGAGUAUUGUGGAGUUGGAGCAGCUUCUGCAACAGUCCCGAAGCCAGUGUGACAAGAAGACCGUGCAAGCACAGACGCUGGAGCAAGCUCUUAAGGAAACGCGAAAGCAACUGUCCGAGAUGACAAAGAAAAACGGGGAGUUGGAGGAGAGGUUGCGUCAGGUGGAGGGAGAAUUUUCGGAAACGACGGAACAUAAUGCGGAACUGGAUAACGAGGUGAACAAAAUUCAGACCGAAUUACAGGACACAAUAUCCCAACUGAAAUCGCUCCAAGAGGUGUUGCAGACAAGUCAAAAAGAAGUUCAAGAAAAAGAAAAGAAAGUCGAAGAACUGGACAGAAUGUUGAACGAGAGCAUGGAAGAACUACAACAGAAAGAUAAGAACUUGAAAGAGAAGGAGAAUAAAGUCGUUGAACUCGACAAAGCGCUCAAGGAGAGACAAUGGGAACUAAAGCAGAAAGCCGCUCAGGUUACCCAGCUUGAUAUGACCAUGAAGGAACACAAGAGUGAACUCCAACAGAAGGUCAUCACUUUAGAGCAUGCGUUAAACCAGGCUCGAUAUGAACUUAGCGAGAGAGCUGUUGAGAUUGCCGAGCUUAGAGCUAAACGGGAUCAAAAUCAGGAGCAAGAGAGGCAAAGGAAAACCAGAAUCGAACAUUUAGAGAAGACUGUAAAACAUCAGCAGCAAGAGUUAAAGAAACGCGCUACUCAAGUGGCUGAGUUUGAGAGAGAACUUUCGAAGUGGAAAAAGAGACGUGAGGAUUCAGAAGAGACAAGUCAAGAAUUACGCUUGGCUCGUGAGCAGCUGCAAAACACGCACGCAGAACUGAUGGAAGCUCGCCGCGAUCUUUUGAAGUGUCAGAGGACGGAACAAGAGCUUAUUCGUGAACUUGAUGACGCGCAUGCACUCUUAAACACGAAGGAGUCGGAUUGUACAAGGCUUGCAAAGGAACUUGGAGCGGCUCAGGUGCGGGAAGCUCAGGCUGAGGCUAGGUGCGUGCAGGAAAUGAGAAAAGCGCAUCAACAGCACGAGUUAAAAGAGGCCACCCAGGAUCAAGAGGUACAACGCCUUCAGGAAGACCACGCCAAAGCACUCGCACAGAAAGAUGAAAGCGACGCAGCUCACCGUAUAGAAAUUCAGAGACUUCAAGAUCAGGAAAGAAGACACGCCCAAGAUUUAGCUCGAGCACAAGAACAAAACGGAACUUUAAUAGAGGACAACAGAAGCUUGGCAUCUCAGCUUGUAUUGUACCAAGAAGAUGCGAAGGCGACGAGUGAGAUGCUUGUUAUAAAAGAUGCAGAGAUCGCUCGUCUGGAGGCCAAAGUGUCCGGCUAUGAGAGAGCUACGUUCGGUACGAGUGUUCGUCUUGACGGAACAGGCCGAAUUACUCCGAGAGGAACUAGAAACGCGUCGCACAUGCGUCAUGUAACCUCACCGAGAACUGUGUCAAAGUCUUCGGUCAGCGGUAUGAAGAAAAGUAACUCGGACCAAAACCUUAAUAACGUGUCAAGCAACAGUACACUAGUGACUUUCAGCCAUCUGGAUACUCAAGACAUGAUGGAAAACCACGCUCAUCCUCAAAUGCCAGGUAUUCUUGUGAGCCAACAUCACUCACACAGUCAGAAGCCGUACUCUUUUCCUCACGACCAGAGUAGAUCGGUACAGUCAAGCUUAGAAACUCUCGAGGGACUUCUUAAACAAGCAAACAUGGAAAUGGCUCGAGAUAGUUUACCUCUGCUUCUCAAUAACUCUACGUCACAAGCCGGUGACGUCACUCUAUCUGCCGCUGACCUUAAUACCACGCAACCGUCUCCACCUCAAAAGGAAGAGCGUGACAGAACUGCCGAGAAAGAUACUAGUGUAAUUGAUGGCGACGGCGAGGUCAGCGGAUUGUACGAAAAUCUUCAUGAACAAUUAGAGAAGAAGAAAGCGUCGCUGGGUAUGUCACGUGAUAGGGGAAGUGAUAGUGAUUCUCUGGACCCUGAUAAAUGUCGCGCCAGUCUUCAACAACGCUUGGCUCUCAAUGAAGCAAGAAGAAAGAACAUAGACCAACAGCUACUGGAAAUGCAACAGAAUGUUGUUUCUUGAGAGCGCCGAUACCGUUUAACUUCUAGGAUCUGAUGGGUGUGUCUCUCCUAAUACAUUCCCAUUGCGGAAGUAGUUAUUUAAAGGAGUUAGUACAUAUCAAUUUCUUCCUGGAAUUUCUAAAAGGGUUAAAAUCGAACUAUACGGAAAUAAGGUCUAACCUACAUAUUUUAUCAGGAUUGCCACUUUUGAUAUCAUCAUAAGCGUUGACCAACUUUCAGGGAGUUGAACGACAUUUUGCACCGAACUGCUUCGUUGAUCAACUGAAUAAGUAUGGUUAUUACUCUGACGUGUUCUUGCGGUGUAAAUAUGCCACAUCUCAUUCACCACUCGAUCGCCGUUCAUACGUACAACAAAACUGUUUUUAAUCUUAGUUUCAAUCACAUUCACGCGAAUAGAUAUUUUUAUUCGGAAAGUGUGUGCGAAGUUCACAUAUUGCGUAUUCGCUCCCGGUCAUGCAAGUUCUUUGAGGUUUUCGAUCUUCUCCAGUCAAGUAUUUAUAUGGUGCCUUUAUGAUUGAAAAAUCCUAUUAAGUGUUUUCUUCGAAAGACGCGCGUUACGGUUCAUUUAGCCAUCCUAACUAGUGUAGUCUAGAGUUUAUGGCUCUUAAUUUGCAAAUUGCAGUCUGUGGUAGAGUAAUUUUGAGAGUGUGGAAAGUAUUCCGAGAUUGUUUUGGUUUUGCUUUACUUCAUUGGGUGAUUUGUCCAGAAAGCCUGCGUCCUUUUCUCAACCAAUUAGAUUAAAGGAAAAUUAAAACCAAUCGAGACUUGGCUCCACGCGGUUCCCCGCGCGUAAAUCAAUUUAGUUUUUGUUACUUUGAGUUCUCGUUGGCUCGUUGUAUUAUUUUCCUUUCCUCCAAUUGACUGUUGUUUUACUCAAUACAAUGCACUCUAAUGUGCGUCAUCUUCGUUCUCUUUUGCCGUGCUAUUACCUCGGUGAUAUUUGUUUUCAUCAAAUGAUUUUUUCGGGGUUUACAUGUUAUUAAAGGUAACUUUCUGUACUAAUGUCGCAGUUCUUUAGGGUGGCUCAGAAAAUCUUUGUGGUUGGUUCAGAGCAAGCCUAAUUGGCCAACAAUGAAGUGGCUCUUCACCUUCCUUGGAAUUGUUUUUAGAACUCUUCAGAAGGAUGAUCUUACUUUUUGAUUGCAAUUCAAUAAUAUAAAAAGGAAGGCAGUGAAUUGGUGGAGACCUGCAAUCGAGUGCGUUGCUCAGAGGCUUACAGUUGCUUUAAUAACCUUGCAUGUUAGUGAUUAUUUCUUGGUGAGAAAUAAUUAAACAGAUUUUGACAAUCAUUUUACAAAGAAACUCGUAAAACUGUGUAGCAUCGCUCUAUCAAAGAACCAUUUUGAGCCACCCUAGGUUUACUCGUCCACUUUAGCCCUCAGUGUGGGUCUACAAGUCAUGUAUGGUUUCUCGUACAAAACGAGGACGCCAUGUUCAGCGUUAAGAAAAUGAAGCCAAAGAAAUGUAAUAUAUUUUUAUGCAUAAUAUUUUGAUAUAUAAGAUAUUUCUGUGGUAAUUUUCGCGUAGAUGAUCUGUUUUAGUUGAUUCAUAGAUUAUGACAGACGUAGAUGUAAUUGAAAUUUAUUAAAAUGUGGAUGAUUUUGU